AUGAACCGGAUGAAGGAGCUGAGUUCUCUUCCACCGAGACCGCCGAGUUUACCUGCAGCCUCCCCGAAGAGGCGGUUCGUGAAGCUGGGGAGGAAGACGAGUGAUGGCUCUCAGCAAUCAGCUUCAUCCACCGGCAGUUCAUCCACCAGCAGGUCAGCCGAGGGAGUGGCCGUCAGACAGCCCAGCAAGAGCAGCAUCCGUCGCCAUACCAACCGCCUCUCAGGUGUCUUCCUUCGCGGCCCCGCCUCCAGCCCAGGCUCCAUGGCUCUGACGGCAGGUCUCAGGUCAUCGCUGUCCAUCCAGGCCAGGAAAGGCAGCAUGAUCUCUGCGGAUCCUUUGAUUGCGGACGACCCGUCUGAGCUGUCCAAUCAGAUUAGUGCUCCAGGAAUCCUGAAGAUCUUUGGAAAUGAAAUCUGUGAAGGAGCUCACUACAAGAGCGUCCUGGCCACCACACACUCCAGUGCAAAAGAGCUGGUCAAAGAGGCCCUGGAACGGUACGGUCUGGGCAAGGAGGAAGCAGAGUCCUACGUUCUCUGCGAUGCCAUCGGCUCCAUCAGCGAACAUCAGUGGAGGACGGAAGGGUUCAGAGUCGUCGGCGACAACGAGAAGCCCCUCCUCCUGCAGUCACUAUGGAAACCCAGAGAGGGCCUGGCGAGACGGUUCGAGAUCCAGAGGAGGAGCUUGGUGGAGGAGAAGACGUCCAGAGACAAAGACACCAUCACUGCUGGCAUCAAUGCUCAGGCUCGAAAGCUGCAGAAGAGCCGCUCCAGAGUGACCUCCACCCUCAUACACAGGACCGUGGGUCGAAGCCACAAACUGUGGAGGAGCAAAAGUGAGAUGGACCUUUUAGAUUCUGACACAGAGACCAAACAGGACGCAGAUCGCGAUAAGUGUGUGAAGGAUCGAGGCGAGGGCCUGAAUCAAACGUCACCGCAGAGCUGCAAGCGCCCCAAAACAAGCCCAGAACAGAAUCACAUUCACAGCCUGGAAACUCCCCCCCAGGGGUUUCAGGCCAAAACAGAGACCCUCUGUCCGUCAAGGCCGAGAGGCGAGCGGGAAGGAGAGGAGUCGCAGAGGGAGGGGAUGGAGAGCAGCGACGAUAACGCCACACAGUACGCCAUUCACCCUCCUCACGACUGUCCGUACCUGCUGCUGCUGCAGGGCUGCAGCCCCACACAGGACUUCCUCAUCUACCUACUUGUGGGGCUCGAAACUGUCAUUGGCCGGAGAAGUGAUCAUGAAGAUGGGUCAAAACCUGACAUCCUCCUGUUCGCCAACGACAUCCUUAGGAGACACUGCUGCUUCCAUCGCCGUAGCCCCGGCGGCCCCACCGUGCUCUGCCCCUCUCAGGAUGCUGUGGUCACGAGGAACGGCGAAGUCCUGAGAGAAAAAGUACGGCUUAAUCCUGGUGAUGUCAUCGGACUGGGACAACACUACCUGUUUCUUUUCAAGGAUCCGGUUGCUUUGAUGCACAAGGAGGUGAACAGUUCUGCCCCUGAGCCCAGCUGGUCUGCUGUCCCCUGGAUGUUGGGUCAUAGCACCUCUACCACUAGAACAAGCCCCACUACAGACAAGAUCCUCUGCAACAGCUGCAUCUCCCCCUGCACUGACCCCCAGAGCAGCAAAGAGCCCCUGAGCAGGGGCCCCCCAUUUUUACAGUCACCUGAGGGCCACAGCCUGACUCUGAACUAUGACCCAGAGGACGAGGAUCGCAUCGUCAGGGAGAUCGUUGCUAUGGGAAGCACCAGAGUCAAAGACAGACCGGUGCUGACUGCAGCGUUUCUGCUGUGUAUGUGUGUUCAGUAUUCGUCCACAUGUCUUCACACCUCGGACCUGCGCAGACUCCUGCUGCUCACUGCCAGUGGGAUCCAGAGAGUCAUGUGGGAGCACACUAAGGAUCUGGCAGCAGUUCAGCCUGAAGCUGGUGAAGACUCAAACUCAGAGGACCUCCAGCCUCUGAGCCUGCCCGAGGUGAUCUCAGGACUGCGCCCCCUGGUGGUGUGGAUGUCCAACAGUCUGGAGCUGCUGCAGUUCAUCCAGUACCAGCUACCUCUUAUUCUGGAAUGGAGAAGCAGAAAGGAGCAGGGGCAGGAGGAGGAUGAAGAAAGGGAAGAUGAUGAGCUGUCCUGUGUCCGUUCAGCCAGUGAGGAAACGAUGGCGGUUUUGGAGGAGGUCGUCAUGCUGGCCUUCCAGCAGUGUGUGUACUACGUCACCAAGGUCCUCUAUCCCAUCCUACCUGGACUCCUGGACUGCAACCCGUUCAGGGAGAGUCCAGGUGAGAGCAGCAGCGGACCGCAGGUUCCCGCAGAGAUCCAGCAGGUUGUGGAGGUCCUGAACGAGACCUGGGUGCUGCUCUCAGACUGUCAGCUCCAUCCAGAGAUUUCCUCUCAGCUGAUUGGCUACGUCUUCUACUUCAUCAACGCAUCGCUCGUCAACUCGCUCAUGGAGAGAGGCUCAGAGCCAGGUUUCUACCAGUGGUCCAGAGGAGUACGGAUCAGGGCCAAUCUGGACCUGGUCCUGGACUGGGCCCAUGCAGCUGGACAGGGAGAACCGGCACUGGAGCACACACACACACUCUCCUCAGCUAUCAAUCUCCUGGCCACACCCAGGAAGAAUUUACUGCAGGCAUCUUGGACGUCCCUGCGGUCUCACUACCCCUCCCUGAGACCGGCUCAGCUGAACUACCUGCUGGGUCUGUACAGCCCAGCGUCCCCCUGCAGACACAUGUGGACUCCGUCGGCUCAGGACGAAGCAGCAGCUCAUGGAACCGCUGACGUCCUGGAGAGUUUUGACACCCACCACCCUCUGGUGCUGCCUGCGGGGGGGUACCAGCUCCAAGUGAGAAGAGCUGUAACAGAUCCAGGUCUGAGGGACCAGCUCGACAAGCUCAGAGCGUUCAUCCCCUCUCCGCCUGAGCCUCGGUCCUCUGAGGUCACAGCUACCAGGCAGCAGCAGAGUGGUUCCUGUCUUCAGGAGACUCUCCACAACCACCCACCCCCCUCUGCCUUACCUCCAUCACCCCCGUCACCCCCCUCCCCUCUCUCCACCCACUACCUGGACGAGUUCAGCUCCUGCGGCGCCGUCCUCCUGUCCCAGAAGCUCAGACAUCUGGAGCUGCAAAUCCGAGAGAUGACGAGCAGCGAGGUGAGGAGGUCGGCUCUGGACCCGUCCUGUCUCCUCACCCCUCCAAACACCCCCCACGUCGUGGAGCCUGGGGACCAGGUGAAGACAGACCAGGAGAAAAGGAUGAAGGCCGACAGUGAGACGCUGCCCUGCUCCUCUGAUGAGGAGGAGGAGGAGGAGGACCAUUAUGACGACAGCAGUAAUGAGAUUUUCAGUCUGGAGCUGGAGCGAGGGGAAAGAGGACUCGGUCUUGCUCUGGUUGACACAAGGGACACCUCCUUCAGGGUGAAGGGCGUCUUCAUCCGUGCCGUGGUCCCGGACUCUCCUGCAGCUCGCUGUGAGAAGCUGGUUCCAGGAGACCGGAUCCUGGCCGUUAACGGAGUCAGUCUGCUCGGACUGGACUACGAGAGUGGGAAGGAGCUGAUCCAGUCAUCCGGAGACAGACUGAGGUUACUCUUGGCCAGAUGUGACUGGAUGGCAAAGGCCAUACAGACUGACUGCUGA